AUGUCGGGCGGAGAUUCAGAGCAACAAAUCCGCAUAAUCAACGCCGCCAUCGCCGCCGGCGUCAGGCGCUUCAUCCCUGAUGAAUUCAGUCACGAUAGCAUGAACAAGCAAAUACAGGCGCGCAUUCCAAAAGAUGCCGGCCGGGCGAAGGUCAUUGCUCAUCUGAGGAGUAUGCGGGAGGAUUACCCAUAUUUCGAAUGGACAGCGAUUGCGACAGGAUAUACGCUCGACACCCAGCUUAUCAGCGGUAAUAUGGGUUUCGAUCUCGACUGGCACAGCGCGACUAUUCACGGCAUCGGCACUGAAGCUUUCGCAGCUUCUAGUUUGGAGAGAGUCGGACGCGUCGUGGAACGCGUCAUCACACACUGGGACCAAGUCAGGAACCAAUACAUAUACGCUGCAGGCGUCAUAACGUCUGCCAACGAGGUUCUGAGAUCUACUGAAAAGACGACUGGCCGUGAAUUUACUGUCGGAAAUCACGAUGUCCAAGAGUGUGUUGCAGAGGGAGAGAAAAGAAUAGAGAAAGGAUUUCCCGACUCAGGCAUGUUUCUGCUCGAGCGGAGCGUGCUGUAUGACGAACAACUGGACGCAUCAAGACCUUUCAGGAAUCGCAACUCGAACUAUGUCCUAGGACUCAAAUCAGAGUCGGUCGAGACUAUCGUCAGAACCGCCUACGACGACUUCAAACACUACGGCAAACCAGGAUGCGGGUGUUCAGCUUGA